CAUAGGGAACUUUCCAGAACGCUCGGUGAGAGGCGGAGGAGCAGCGGCUGCCCAAGCUGCGCACAGCUACUCACUCCUUCCCGCUCCUCCACAUCGGCCUCAGCCCGCUCACCGGCUGUAGAAAAUGGUGAAAGAAACCACUUACUAUGAUGUUUUGGGGGUCAAACCCAAUGCCACUCAUGAAGAGUUGAAAAAGGCUUAUAGGAAACUGGCGUUGAAGUACCACCCUGAUAAAAAUCCAAAUGAAGGAGAGAAGUUUAAACAGAUUUCUCAAGCUUACGAAGUACUCUCUGAUGCAAAGAAAAGGGAACUAUAUGACAAAGGAGGAGAACAGACAAUUAAAGAGGGUGGAGCUGGUGGCGGUUUUGGCUCCCCCAUGGACAUCUUUGAUAUGUUUUUUGGAGGAGGAGGAAGGAUGCAAAGAGAAAGGAGAGGUAACAAUGUUGUACAUCAGCUGUCAGUAACCUUAGAAGAUUUAUAUAAUGGUGCAACAAGAAAACUGGCUCUGCAAAAGAAUGUGAUUUGUGACAAAUGUGAAGGCCGAGGUGGUAAGAAAGGAGCAGUAGAGUGCUGCCCCAAUUGCCAAGGUACUGGAAUGCAAAUAAGAAUUCAUCAGAUAGGCCCUGGAAUGGUUCAGCAAAUUCAGUCUGUGUGCAUGGAGUGCCAGGGCCAUGGGGAACGGAUCAGUCCUAAAGAUAGAUGUAAAAGCUGCAAUGGAAGGAAGAUAGUUCGAGAAAAGAAGAUUCUAGAAGUUCAUAUUGACAAAGGUAUGAAAGAUGGCCAGAAGAUAACAUUCCAUGGUGAAGGAGACCAAGAACCAGGACUAGAGCCAGGAGAUAUUAUCAUUGUGUUAGAUCAGAAGGACCAUGCUGUUUUUACUCGACGAGAAGACCUUUUUAUGUGUAUGGACAUACAGCUGGUUGAAGCAUUAUGUGGCUUCCAAAAGCCAAUAUCUACUCUUGACAACCGAACCAUAGUCAUCACCUCUCAUCCAGGUCAAAUUGUCAAGCAUGGAGAUAUCAAGUGUGUGCUAAAUGAAGGCAUGCCAAUUUAUCGUAGACCAUAUGAAAAGGGUCGCCUAAUCAUCGAAUUUAAGGUAAAUUUCCCUGAAAACGGCUUUCUUUCUCCUGAUAAACUGUCUCUGCUGGAAAAACUCUUACCCGAGAGGAAGGAAGUAGAAGAGACUGAUGAAAUGGAUCAAGUAGAACUGGUGGACUUUGAUCCAAAUCAAGAAAGACGGCACCAUUACAAUGGAGAAGCAUAUGAGGAUGAUGAACAUCAUCCCAGAGGUGGUGUUCAGUGUCAAACCUCUUAAUGAGGCCAGUUAAUGAUACUUCACUGCUGGCAUUUCAUGUGCAGUAGUGAAUGAGUGAAAGACUCUAAUCGUAAUAUGCUCACUACUUGCUAUUGUUUUUCUUUUAAUAUUCAACUAUAGUAGUGUUUUAAAAGUUAAAUGAAUAAAUGCAAAUAUAAAAGAUCUGACUUUGCCCUGUAUGUACGAUGACUUCAGUGUGCAAGGUGAAAUUUAAUACCUGUAAAAAUUACUUUAAAAAAAAGUUCCCUUAGCGUUUGUUAGGCUAAACCUUGUAAUUGAUUUGAGCUAUGUAUGUGGACAAGCUUAGACUGAAAUGCUAGGUGUAUGUAUUGGCUUCAUGUAUGACCCUUCAUUGUUAAGCUAUGAAAUUAAAACUCUGUAUUUAACUGGCAAUCAGAAAAAGAAAACUUAAAUUUGUA